GGAGGUGUUCGGCCGAGUUUGACUUCCUGAACUGAGUUGGAGUUGGCCAGCCGUGGCUUGCGAGCCAGGCUCUGGCCGUGGAGGUCCCGGGUUCAGCUGUCCCGGCUCGGGUGUGGCGGUCGCUAUGUUCUUCUCCCAGGCUGGGGCCCGGCCACAGAUGUGGGAAGUCAGCCCCUCAGAACACAAGAAGUGGGUUGAAGUAUUUAAAGCGUGCGAUGAAGAUAACAAAGGCUAUCUAAGCAGAGAGGACUUUAAAGUUGCUGUUGUAAUGCUGUUUGGGUACAAGCCCUCCAAGAUAGAAGCUGAUUCUGUGAUGUCUUCAGUAGAUCCAAACACUUCCGGGAUAUUGCUUGAGGGAUUUUUAAACAUUGUAAGGCAAAAGAAGGAAGUUCAACUAUAUCGGAAUGAAAUAAGACACAUCUUCACAGCUUUUGACAGGCACUAUCGUGGAUAUUUAACUCUGGAAGAUUUCACAAAAGCGUUUAGGCAAGUGGCUCCCAAGUUACCAGAGAGGAUUAUUCUCGAGGUAUUCAGGGAAGUAGAUCAAGACUCAGAUGGUCACGUCAGCUUUAAAGACUUCGAAUAUGCCAUGAACUAUGGACAGAAAAGAAAACAGCAUGGCCUGGACCUUCUCAAGGAGGGAGAGCCCCUCUAGGAUUUGCUGCCUAGGAGGGCCCAGGUUCACAGAGCAGAGCACAGAACAAAAGAGACAGGGGAGGUGAGAAGCUUCUCAUAUCACCACCCAUCUUAUCACUUCCCCUAAACCCCAUCCAGAUCCUCAUCCUGUGAGCUUCACUCCAGCUUCUAAAUUCCAGAUCCCUGCCCCAACCCUUGUCCCCAAGCCACGAUGCUGUCUGUAGUGUGACCUUACUGUUCUGCCCUCAAUUAAAUGGCCCAAGGGUGGCCAUGUAUGCAGGUUGAUCAACUCAGCCUCUUCCAAUGGAGACAUCAGGAGAGUGAGGGAGAUGCAGCAGUGCUUCUCUGGCCAAGUGAGUGGGUGUGACUCAGGAGCAAGUGGCAGACGUGUUUGCCACCACAUGGCCUGGAAAACCAAGGCAGCUGCCUUGCAACAAGAGCAGAAAAUGAAAUAGACACCAAGAGGAGAGCAAGGAGGCAGCUCGAGAAUCCCUGUGGUACUUGAUUUCUGGCUAAAGCUGGUACACAAGGCCCAGUCAUAACCCUUUGGGUCCUAUGAGGUAACCCUGUAUCCUUCCAAUAAACCUUUCUGCUCAAGCCAGCUGGAGUUGCUUUCUGUUAUUUGAAACCAAGAGAACCCUAACUGUUACAAGCCCAGAGCCAAGGACAGAGUCCUAGGUAACAUCAACAUUUACUGGGGCAACAGAGAACAGAGUCUUCUAAAGAGACUAAGAAGAAGUUGAAGAUGGAAGAGGAGCUGUAGCCAGUUCUCUGUCCCCAAAGCCCCACCUCUACUUGAUCUGUAACUGUAAUCAGAUCCAGUCUUCCCCUGAGGCCAGUGAUCUGCCAAUGGCCAAACCCCUCAGCCCUUCUCAGACCUCAUCACACUUGUCCUUUCUCCUGGGUCCUUCUCUCUUUAGCCUUCAUAGCACUGCUCUCUCAUGGUAUUUCUAUGCCCAUUUACCCCCACUAUCUUUUUCUCUUUCUUCUACAACCAUCUCCUAAGUGUUAGUUAAGACUCUUGAAGGUCCUCUAAUUGGCCAAUCUUCUUAAUCAACACAUUCUUCAAGGAUGAUUUCAUCUGUUUCCAAGACUUCAGCUAUCACCUUUAUGGGUGUGACUCCACAAACAACUCUUAUCUUUAGUUUUUAUCUCAGCUCCACCCAGACCUGUGGUUUUCAUUUGCCUGUUGGACAUUUCCACCUCAAUACAAGCUCACUGAACUAACAUCAGACUCAUUGUUUUCUCUAAUUUCCAAAACUGGCUUCUCAUUCUGUGUUUUCUGUUUCUGUUAAUGGCAUCCACCCCACCCCCCACCCCUAGUUGUCAUCCAAACCAGCUGCCUCAGGGUUCCUUUCAAAUCUCCCCCUGACAUCCAGUCAGUCACCACAUCCUUUGAGUCUAUGUCCGCAAAGACUUGCAUGACAUUUUCUUCCAUCCCCUCGUGAUCUCCCUGCCCACUCUCAUCCAUCCAUCUGGCCAUAUGUUCUUCUCUCCAUUGGUGUAAAGAUGAGUAAAGGAUGUGCCGAUAAGUAAAAACCAGACCCCAAUGUCAUACAUUUAGUCCUGUGCAUCAGUUAUCUUCACAAAGCAAAGAUAGAAUUGUUUCUUCUCAGAAGCUUUUGUAGCCACCUUUUCUGUCAGGUCAUGUCUAAAUCCUUAAUAUGCCAUUCAAAGACCUCUAUGAUCUGGUCUCAACUUCUCUAUUCAGCUUCAUCUUUCACAACUGCCUCUGCCAUACCAUCACACACACACACACACACACACACACACACACACACACACACACAGACAGAGUCCCUUAGCCUCAAAACACCAAAAUGACAACUAGAUCUUUGCCCCAAAUGAAAAAGUAACAAAUAACCUUGGAAUUCACAUCUGAUGAGAUAAUAGGAAAAUAAAACCAUAAGAUAAAAUUCCAUUUAAAAAAACAUAUUGGACCACCGUCAUCUUAAUAUUUUUUCCUUCACAGUUGUCACCUUCAAAGGGGGAAAGGGGGGGCAAUUAUGCUAGGGCUUUAAAAAUAUUUUUACUUUAUUUUAUUCUUGAAAAUUAAGGUGAAUAUUAGCAUCCUCUUUUAGAAAUGAGGGAACAGUCUCAGAGGAUCUAAGUAACUUGGCUCAGGCCACGUGAUGGGGAUGGGCAGAGUGUCAGGGUGUGAUCCAAACCUGUCAGCCCGACUCAACACAGAGAACUUGUUAGGCUACAUCACCUCUAGUGGGAGGAUCUUCUAUGACACUGGCCCAUAUUCUUGGGUCACACUAUGUUUUUGAUUCAAAAUGAGUUUAGCCAGAUUCAUUGGCCAUCUCAGGUCAAGCAUCUAUCACAUUAGAUAUUAAGUAUUAACUCCUGUCUUACCCAUCCCCAAGCCUAACCCCAGUUACUUUGGGUUAUUAAUCAAAUCCACAUUCAAAAGACAAAAGAUUUGCCACCAGAGACAAUACCCUUUAAAAUGUGCUGCCAGCUCUGAAGACAGUUUUCAAAGAGGAUUUCUAGAAAUGCUCUGAACAAUGGAAGCAUUUUUGAAAUAGAUGUGCAUUCUCAUUGGGCUGCACUCACUCAUGUGUGUAAAUUCUAAACAGCUUUUUUCAACAAUCAUGCUACCUGGUACUUCACUUUACGGAACUGUAAUUUAGGGUUAAUAAAAACAGUUAGUUGCUUUCCUUUUUCUUAGCCUGUAGCUUUUGAGAAACCUGUUUAGAACUGCAGGAUUAGACAGUUAAAACACACACAAAUGAAAGUUUAAUGGCAUUCAGGAUAGCAGCUCACAAAGUGACCUUUCUUACAAAACAAAUUUAAAUUGGCAUGACCACAUGGAUUGAAAAGUGGCUUAAAACAAUUUAACAUAAUGAAAUAUGAAGUGUUCAAUCUAAAUUUCUCUUAGAUUGAUAAAUUGGUUAAAUGCUCAGAAAUGUGUAUCAAAAAGAACAUUAACUUCACAGAAGAUGCAGUUUAAUGUAUAUGAAAACAUAAACUGAAAUUCAAAUAUGCUCCCUAUUUUAUGGUUUACUGAUCCUUGAGAGGAGAAAAAACUUCAAAGGAGAACGAACAGUUAGGUUUGUUAUAGUAUAUUCAUUAGGAAGAGCAAUUGCAAUAAUAUUGUAUUUAUAGGAAAAAAUUGACCAAGGGUCUGGAAAUACAUCACAAGUAUUAUCAUAAUGACAGUCACUAUAGAGUAGAAGCCAAGUUUAGUCAUCUUUGUUUUAAAGAAGGAAGCCAACCUUGAUUUUAAAUGAUGUUUCCAAGGUUAAACAUGGCAGAAAUUGUGCUUGAGUCAGUUUCUUUACCAGGCUUUCCCUACUACUACUUAUACUGGACUGCUUGUGGGAUGAGGUUUGCUCAUUUCUGUCUUUAUUUUCCCCUUUUCCCUUCCCCCCCUCGGUUCCUCCCUCCCUUCACUCUUUGUUUCCUUUGUUUCUGCUAUCCCUAUCACAUGGAUAAACAAAACUACAUACACUGAGCCACCCAGGGUUCUAUCUCACCUGCUCUUUAACUGAUAUCCAAAUUUGUAUCAGCAGAUUCCACCCUCCCCUGCACUACAAAUAGAAACCAAAAUUCCAGGACACUGUAUGCAUUUAAUCAAAUAUGGAAACUUCUUGGCCAUUUUCUCUUCAAAUGCUUCUUUUACCACAGUCUUUAAAGAGAAUGUCCUCCCAGAAUCCAGUUAUACAUAUGUUAUACUGAUGGUGUUAUCUGACAUGUGUCUCAUUCUGUUCUUCUCCUCCUCCUCUCCUUCCCCCUUUUCUUCCUCCUCCUCCUCCCUCUCAUUUAAGUUUCAGUUCAGUCAUUUCUACUCAUUCAUUGCUGGUGGGAUUGCAAAACGGUACAGCCACUUCAGAAGACAGUUUGACAGUUUCUUACAAAGCUAAGCAUAGUCUUCCCAAAUGAUCCAGCAGUCAGGCUCCUAUGUAUUUACUCAACUGAUCUGAAAGCUCCUCUUCACACAGAAACUUGCACAAGAAUGUUUAUACCAACUUUAUUCAUCAUCACCCAAAACUUGAAGCAACUAAGACGCCCUUUAGGAGAUGAGUGGAUAAACAAAAUGUGGUGCAGCCAUAUAAUGGAAUUAUUAUCCAGUGAUAAAAAGAAAUGAGAUAUUAACCCACAAAACACACAUUAAGGUAAACCUUAAAUGUGUAUUUCUAAG